AUGGGCUCCAUCUCACACGCAGAUCCGUCGUCGGACAUUGACGAGACCUACGACUACAUCAUCGUUGGCGCUGGCAUCUCCGGCAUCAACACGGCAUACUACCUCCAGGCACAUGGGCCCCCUAAUGCCACAUACGCAAUACUAGAAGGGCGCGCCCGCAUGGGAGGCACGUGGGACCUCUUCCGCUACCCGGGAAUCCGGUCGGACUCCGACAUCUACACCUUUGGCUUCUCUUGGAAUCCGUGGAAGGGCGAGAACCCGCUGGCCGAAGGGGCCGACAUCUGUUCGUACCUGGAAGAGUCGGCGACGAUGCACGGGAUCGAUAGACACAUCAGGUACCACCACCAAGUGAUCUCCGCCGACUGGACAUCGGCCCGCUCCUCGUGGGUGCUGAAGGUCGCCGACGCCAGCGGCGAGAAGGUCAAGACGAUCGCGGCGCGCUUCGUCGUCCUGGGCACGGGGUACUACGACUACGAGCAGCCCCUGGCCGCCGAGAUCCCCGGCAUCCAGGACUUCGAGGGCCGCGUCGUCCACCCGCAGUUCUGGCCCGAGGACCUGGACUACCGCGACAAGAAGGUCGUCAUCAUCGGCAGCGGCGCCACCGCGGUGACGCUGCUGCCCAACAUCGCCACGGACGCCCAGCGCGUCACGAUGCUGCAGAGGAGCCCGACGUACAUCGUCGGCAUGCCGCCCAGCAAGGGCCGCUUGACGCGGUUCAUGGUCUCCGUCCUGCCGAGGAGCGUCUCGGGCCGCUUGCUCCGCGUGCAGUACUUCCUCAUGGCCUUCUUCCUCUACAACUUUUGCCAAUGGUUCCCCGCCUUGGCCCGCCGGUUCCUGCUCGGCGCCGCGCAGAAGCAGCUGCCGCCGGACAUCCCCCUCGACCCGCACUUCAAGCCAAGGUACAACCCCUGGGACCAGCGACUCUGCGCCUGUCCCGACUGGGACUUCUUCGCGGCGCUGCGGUCUGGGCGGGCCGACGUCGUGACGGACAUCAUCGACAAGGUGACGGGCUCGGAGAUCGUCCUGAAGAGCGGGGCGGUGCUGAGGCCUGACAUCAUCGUCACGGCCACGGGGCUGAGGAUCCGAUUCGGCGGGUCCAUCGCGCUAUCAGUCGACAGCGCGCCCGUGGACAUCACUGAGAAGUUCACCUUCAAGGGCUGCAUGCUGCAGGACGUCCCCAACAUGGCGUUUGUCUUUGGGUACUCCAACUCCUCGUGGACCUUGGGCGCCGAGGCGACCAGCUCGUACCUCGUCCGGCUGUGGCGGAGCAUGGAGGACAAGGGGCUCAGGUCGGUGACGCCUCGGCUGGAGGACCUGGACAUGGAGGCAAAGCCCGUUGUGAGUCUAAAGUCGACCUACCUUCGAAACGCGCGCAAAGUGUUGCCCAAAGCCGGGACGGGUCUGUGGGCGCCGAGGACGAACUAUCUAAUGGACCUGUGGACGGCAACAGUGAGUGAUGUCUUGAGUGGGAUGCAGGUCCGGUAA